ACACGACGGCACAGUGUGAUACACGGACGGCCGAGUAUAUUGAAAUGCAGUUACAUGUACUCGAGUACAUGUAUACAUCCAGGUGUAUGUACUUGGAUGGAAGUAGAUGACGAUGGAAAAGGGCACGCACCCACGCGUGCGGCAGCCGGGGCGGGAUCCCAAUGCACCGGUUGUGCUACUGCACCCAUGUCAGUCAGUCAGUCAGUCAGUCGGGUAGUUAAAGUCAGUCCAUGUUUUUUGCUGGCCCAGCCCACCGUCCACUUAAUAUUAAUCAUGCAGCCGGUCCCUCUCUCUGCUGCACACCUAGUUGCUUCUAGACGCGCCAUCGCCACAUCCAAACACAACAACAACCCCAAUAACAAAAACAACAAUAAUAAUAACAAACCACCACCGGCGCUGCCCCCCUUGAAUUCCCCAUUCCUCCCUCUCUUGCGUUCUUGCCACUCGUGUCCGGCUUCCCGUCAGGAUGAGCCAACGGGAAUAUCAUAUUGUUGUGCUGGGGUCAGGUGGAGUAGGGUAAGGACUACAUACAUGAGCCCUAUGCACCUCAAUGCUAUGCUAACCGCUUUCCCUCCACAAUUCGUCCAAAAUGUAUGGAUAGAGUCGUACGACCCCACAAUCGAAGACUCAUAUCGCAAGGCCAUUGAAGUUGAUGGCCGACAUGUCAUUCUGGAAAUUUUGGACACGGCUGGCACCGAACAAUUUACCGCCAUGAGGGAACUUUAUAUGAAAACAGGUCAAGGAUUCCUCUUGGUCUUCUCCAUAACAAGCAUGUCUUCGUUGUACGAGCUCAAUGAGCUCAGAGAACAGAUACGGCAGAUCAAAGAGUCUGGUAAAAGCGCCGCCCAUCCAUCGUCAAUGUUGCAUCCAUGUGUGCUAACCCAUGCCUCGACAGCCAAUGUUCCAAUGGUUCUCGUUGGCAACAAAUCGGAUCUGGAAGACGACCGAGCAGUGUCUAGAGCACGCGCGUUCAAAACCUCACAGGAUUGGGGCGGUGUUCCUUAUUACGAAGCCAGCGCCCGAAGACGAGCCAACGUGGACGAAGUCUUUGUCGACCUUUGCCGGCAGAUCAUCAUGAAGGAUCGCUCAGAAAAGAAGAGAACCCAAACUUCCAGACCCCGGCCCAGGCACAAGCCUAGAUGCACCAUCCUCUGAAACGAUGCGACGAGUUCUUCUUCCUCUUGUUUUUUUACUCUUCUUGUACAGAUUCCCCAGGGCUAGGCACGAUUCCCACAUAGACGUAUUGGACGUUUCGCUCGCCG